AUGGAACCGGUUUGUUAUGAUGAUUCGUUCGUAAUUGUCCUUUUUUCAACCUACCACAAAUUACGAUGCGUCAUAUGAGUUUUUUUUUGGCGGUUGUGUGGUUCAUUGACAUCAAGAACUUAAUGUUAGGAAGAGUGCAGAAAAAUGAAUUGCUGACAAUUUAUUUUUUGUAUUAAAAAAUGAACAUUCACAAAAAUGAUUUUCUGAAAACAUUUUUUAGACCUCAGAGAAUCUUUUAAUAAAAAAAUCAAUAUAUUAAAAUCAGUCAGGCCUAAUCUCAGAUUCACCUUGUUUUUUUUUGGUUCAUUGGUUCAUCAUCUAAAAACAGAAAAUUCGAAAAAAAAAUCCCCGAUAAAAUCAAAACCAACCCCUUCAUUUUUCUAGGAAGAUCGUCAAGAUUUGUUCAACGAUUGGGUCAACGAUAAAUAUUGCGAUUUGUCAGAAAUUGCACAAAAAUCCGAUGGCUACUCAAUUACAGAAAUUCAAAAAUUAUCGACAACUAUCAAUGUUGAAUGUGCGAUAAGAGGUAUGAAAAAUAGAAAUAAAUGAGAGACAAAAAAAACAAUUCUGAAAACGAGUUCGAUUAAAUCUACUGAAAUUUUCCCUUACUUUUUUCAGGGACAUCACAUGUUGAAAAGUGCGAUAUUCAAAAAGCGUUGGAAAUUUUUGUUGAAGGCAAAAUUGGGAAAGAUGAGAAAGAUGAAGUGUUAGUGAAAUAAUUGAAUUAGAUCUGAAAUUAGUUUUUGAAAAAUUUUAGAUUGCCAUCAUUGGAUGAUGUUGGAGGAAUGUUUGAGCAGAAGAAAAUGCUCGAGCAGGUUAUUAUUUGGCCGAAAAAGGUGGGUUAUUUUUGUUUUUUUGUGAAAAAUAUUAUAUGAUUGUUAGCUCAUUUAAUCAUGCUUGAAUUUGAUUGAUCAAAAAUUAUGAACCAAAAAACAAGAGAAAAAAUAGAAAAAAAAACAAAAAUUUAGAUCUCAAAUGAAUUUUUUUUUUGAAAUUUUCAUUUUCACACAAGCAGUAGGAUUUUUAAUAUUACAGAACCUCGGAAAAAAUCAAAAAUAGGGUGUCCAAAAGUUAUCAUAAAUCUUGAAUUUUCUAAAUUUUCAAAGUUUGCAUCUCAAUUUCAAUUAUUCCUGGAUGUUUCAUUUUCUAUGAAUCCCUUACUCCUAAUUUUCAACCUUCAAAAUCUAUUUUUCCAGUACCCCAAACUUUUCGAAUCCGUCGGCGUGCCGGUUUCAAAAGGCGUCUUGCUUUAUGGCCCCAGUGGCUGCGGAAAAACCCUCCUGGCUAAUGCAAUGAUCUCCCAUUCAAAAUUCAGUGUUGUAAAUGUGAAAGGUCCCGAACUAUUAUCAAAAUACAUUGGAGCUAGUGAAGAAAAUGUGCGGCUUGUUUUUGAGAAGUAAGCUUUUCCCUCUCUCUCACAGAACUUUUCAAAAAAAAAAUACAUUUCCAGGGCUCGUUCCUGCGCUCCUUGUAUAUUAUUCUUCGAUGAGCUUGAUUCUCUCGCGCCAAAACGUGGAAGUGAUUCGACUGGUGUGACAGAUCGAGUUGUGAAUCAAUUAUUGACUGAACUCGAUGGUGCUGAAGGUGGAAUGAAAGGUGUUUUGGUGUUAGGAUGUACUAGUCGAAUUGAUUUGAUUGAUGAGGCUUUGCUACGUCCUGGAAGAUUUGAUCAUCAUGUGAAGUGCACAUUUCCAACGGAGGUGAAAAUUGGGAUUUUCAGAAUUGGUUUUGAAAACUGAACUGGGCCAAUUCCUCUUUGAUAAUCUAUUUUUUUUACAAAAAAUGUGCCUCCUAAUUCCAAUCGAAAAUCCAAAAAAAUGUUUUGUUUUUCAGAAAGAGCGCCUGGAUAUUCUGGAAACUAUGAAGAAAAAUGUUGAAGUAUCGGAUGAUGUUGAUCUUUUAGGAAUUGCUCAGAUUACCAACGGCUGGUCUGGAGCAGAUUUGCAAACUUUGAUGACAAAUGCACAAUUUUAUAUGAGCAGAAAAAGUGCAGCAGGUUUGAAUUUUCAUUUUUUUUCUCCUAACCAAAAGCAAAAACUAAAUAAUUUCUCUUCAGAAGAUGGCUUGGAAGAUGAUUUAGUUGUCGUAACUUCUGAAGCAAUAAACGCCGUCUUCAAUGAUUCCUUCCCAAAAUCCCGUCCUUCCCCAGUCGACACACGAAUUGGACAAAAAGUAACACUUGCCUAA